CAAACGCCCGCCAAUCUCACCACACAAUCACACUCAACCGCGCAACCAACAAGGGUCCCAGCACUCAACAACAGCCACCGGCCCGAUCAGAGAUUUCUGUUUACGCAAUCAGGAAUAAAAAUAUCUGCUCACGAAGUGGAAUCUGUCCUGGCCUGGAUUUUGAGGGUCAUCGGAUCACUCAAUCAUCAAUCAACCCCACACCAUCCUGCACUGCACUGCAUUCACCGAGGUGCAGUCCCGUCACGCCGAGUCCAUCCAUCCCGGUCCGCACUUCAACCUAGGGAGCCCAGGAACGGCCGAGCUGAAUCUGAACCCGCACCCGCAUCUAAACCGGAGUCGGAGCCGGAGCCGGAGCCGGACCUGAAUAGUCCCACAAUACCGGAUAUCAGCCCCUGAACCUACCGGACACCGGCUUUCCAAGAAACCACAUCCGGCUACACUUCCGAAUUCAGGCAGUCCGUUAAACACGGGCAACCAACCUCAUUCGGCGACAACAACAACAACCACCACAAAAAUGACAACCCUCAACACCCCCAACUUCGCCGCCCCCUCCUCCCAUGGCCGCCCCUCCUCACCCCCUCAAUCCCAGACCUCCUCACCCAUCUCCCCAAAGUCCACAAACCACGCCUUCCCCUCCAUCUCCACCAACCUAUCCACCAACCCCCCUCCUCCCCGCCUCACCACCACCACUUCUUCCCAACAGUUCCCCUCUUCUAAACAAGACGACGAUGACAUCUCCGACGACGACGACGACGACGUAUCCAACCUCCCCUUCCCCACCGCCCUCCCCCGCCCCUCCUUCCUAACCCCCCACUUCUCCCCCCUCGCCUACCUCGACUCUCUCUACGCUUCGUCCUCCUCCUCUCCUGAUCCAACCAGCACCAACGCCAACGCCACUGUCGUCACCACUAUCACACCCUUCAGCCAACGACACCAAACCCUCCCUGACCUGCGUUCGGAACUGCAUACUCGCAGCCUGGCAAUCAGUUCCGAACUUCUGGAACUCGUCAACGCCAACUAUACCUCGUUUUUGAGCCUAGGGGAUGAACUGAAAGGGGGAGAAGAGCGGGUGGAGGAUGUGCGGGUUGCUGUUUUGGGAUUUCGAAGGGCAGUGGAGGAGGUGAGGGGUAAAGUUAGAGAAAAGAGGGGGGAGAUUGGAGAUCUAGUCAAGGAGUUGGGAUGCGUGCGGGGUGGGGUUGAGUGGGGGAGGGGGGUGUUGGAAUUGGGGGAACGGGUGGAGGGGUUGGAAGUCAAAUUGAAUAUGGGAAGUUUGGGGAGUACGGGGGGAAGUGGUGGAGGGGUAGGAGGGGCAGGAGCGGAAGCGUGGGUGAAAAAGGGGACGAUUAAUGCAGAAGAAGAUCGGGUGGCGGAAGAGGAUGUAUAUGAAGGGUGGGAUGAUGGAUCGGAGGAUUUCAAGGAGGAAGUGCUUGAUGAUGAUGGGGAAGGUGACGAGGAGAGAGAAGGGUUCGUGGCGAGUAGUCCGGCGGAGUUGGAGGCGCUGGCGAGGGAAUAUGUCAAGAUUGAGCAGAUGGCGGAUAGGCUGGGUGGGCACGAGGUGCCGUUUGUGAGGAAGAUGGAGGAGAGGAUGAUUAGGUGCCGGAAUACGAUCCUGUUGGAUUUGAGUACCGCGUUGAAGGAGGCGAGGAGGGCAGGUGAAAGGGGGAAGAAGAGGGUGGUUAGGUAUUUGGGUGUUUAUAGACUGUUGGACGCGGAGCAGGAGGCUGUUAGGGUGUUGAAGGAGAAAUAGGUCUAAUGUUAGAAGCAGAUGAUGGAUGGUUCAUGUGAUAGAUGGCUGCUGCUAAGGGGUUAAAAGUACAGUUCUGAAGGACAAUUAAUACACCUAAUACUUGCACAUAUACACAGAGAACAAGCACAAGGGCAUACCCAUGUUACCAACCG